UUCAUCAUGAAGCACAGAGUAGUGACUUCAAUUUUCAUCUUGGCCAUUUUUCUUAACGGCGUAGCGCCAGCAGAGAGCAAAAAGAUUGGAAACUCAAGAAAGUCGCCACGGAUAAUUAUUGCAAAGUGUUGUGGAAAAAAUUCGUGUUUUGAUGUUUCAGAAAAAGGAACGUCUAAUUCAACUAAGCAGCGCUCAACGUUCCAAAUCACAACCUUAACGAGUGUGGAAACGAAUCCUGAAAGCACAACCACUGCAGGCUUGGAGCAGGAUACGACCGAGAUCACAACGGAACCAGCUAGUGAGAACUUAUAA